ACAUUGGUAUCAACUUGACAGAUCCUGUGUUCAGAGGAAUUUAUAGGGGGGUUCAAAAGCAUCAAGAUGACUUACGGGAUGUAAUAGAGAGAGCUGUUCAGAUUGGUGUUAAAAAGUUUGUGAUUACAGGUGGAAAUCUACAAGACAGUAAAGAUGCACUGCAUUUGGCACAGACAAAUGGUAUCCUCAUAUUACUUUUACCCCCCAAAAUGUGAAUUAAGUUAUUUUGAAGAAGUCUUUCUGAGAACUGCCUCAGAUAUGUUUUUCAGUACAGUUGGGUGUCAUCCUACAAGAUGUGAUGAAUUUGAAAAGAAUAACCCUGAUCUUUACUUGAUGGAGUUACUAAAUCUCGCUGAAAACAACAAGGGGAAAGUUGUAGCAAUAGGGGAAUGUGGACUUGAUUUUGACCGACUGCAGUUUUGUCCUAAAGGUACUCAGCUCAAAUAUUUUGAAAAACAGUUUGAACUGUCAGAACAAACAAAAUUACCAAUGUUUCUUCAUUGUCGGAACUCACAUGCUGAAUUUUUGGACAUAAUGAGAAGGAAUAGAGAUCGGUGUGUAGGUGGAGUGGUGCAUUCAUUUGACGGUACCAAGGAAGCAGCAGCUGCUUUGAUGGACUUGGGUCUCUACAUAGGAUUUAAUGGUUGCUCACUGAAAACUGAGGCUAAUUUGGAAGUUCUGAAGUCAAUACCUAGUGAAAAAUUAAUGAUUGAGACUGAUGCACCUUGGUGUGGAGUCAAAAGUACACAUGCUGGAUCAAAAUAUAUAAAAACUUCAUUUCCCACCAAAAAGAAGUGGGAAAAUGGGCACUGUUUGAAAGACAGAAAUGAACCCUGCCAUAUAAUUCAAAUACUGGAAAUAAUGUCAGCAGUAAGAGAUGAAGAUCCACUGGAACUAGCCAAUACGCUAUAUAACAACACUAUUAAAAUAUUUUUUCCUGACAUGUAACUGGUAUGUGUCUCCCAUUUUUCCAUCAUGUACAUAAAAUUUCAUGGUAAAACUUAAGUUUCAAUAAAGGAAUUCUCUGGAAGUUGUCUAAAGAGGUAUUAUAU